UCCUACAUAUUGGUGUAUUUUUUCACGCUUAGAACAAUAUACGUAUUCAAAUAAAGCGCCAUAUAUCGAAAAAUGUUUGAUCGAUAAUCUGCAUCAUUUCGACAGUAAGAAUUAUACAUAAUAGAAAAUUGUGUUAAACCAGAAAAUGCCAGCUAUAAUUAUUAAAGAUUUUUCUUGGCGUCAAACUUCAGAAUUUGUUAUAUUAAACGUACCUUUGAAAGGCCAUCCAAAAAAGGUUGACCUAUUCAUAAUAGAUAAUUACGUAAAGAUCAGUUUUCCACCAUUCAUAUUAGAAUUAUUUCUUUGGGCUAAUAUUGUUGAAAAAGAAAGUAAAUGUAUUUUGACAGAACAAGAAGCAAUAAUUACUUUACGUAAAGCAAACAUCAGUUUGAACUGGCCUAGUCUUGAAGUACAAGAUAUUAAUAAUGAUUUUAAACAAGAUUAUCGUGCUCAAGCUUUGGAACAUGCUCAAAAACUUGCCGAAGAAAAAAUCAAACUUAAGAGUGAAAAAUGUCAACAUUUGCAAAAAGAAGCGGUGAAAGAACAAAUCAGUGUCAAUACAGCUACAUUGAAUAAAAUAGAUGCGAUACGGGAUACACAGCGGAAAGAAGCAAUGCUAGAAUUUGAAGACUGGAGAUUAAAAGCUCAAGUACCAUUAUUUUCUAAUAUUGAAGGGAAAAUACAAGAAAACAGAAAAGCUUACAAACCACCAUUAAAAUGGUUUAAAGAUGAUGAUAAUAGAUUAAAAUCUCGACUAAUAACCAAGGAAGAAAUAUUUAAUAGUAAUGGCACCAUAAAAGAAUUUAAAUCCAAAGAAAUCGAUAAAGAAACAGUUAUGAAAGUACAAUCAGUAAAUACAAAUCAAGAGAGUAAUCUUCAAAUAAAAAUGUCAGAAAAGAAAGAUGACUUUCUUAUUAACAAAAACGAUACCAGUUGUUCUGAAGAUUCUGAUUCCAAUUCUGAUGUAAAGAAAGCAAUAAAUAAAAAGAAUUUAGAUAUGAUUUAUGAGAAAGAACAAAAAAGAAGACCAGGAUUAGAAGCUGUAAAAGCUGCGAUACAAGGUAAUAUUUUGAAAAGAAAUAACAUAUUUGAAGAAUCUUCGAAGUCAGUACCGUUGCCGAGAAAAACGGGUACAAUUAACAUUACAUUUUCGGAACGGAAAUUCCCAACACCGGCCAGGGAAAGCUCUCAUGUGGAAGAACAAGAAUGGUUGCAAAAACAAGCGGAAGCAAGACGUAAAAUUGGUUUUGACUCGGAAGAUCUUCGAUCAGAAGAACGAGAUCCGCAAUGGUUAAAAGAUAAAGGAGAUGAUUUCUUCAAAGUUGGAAAUUACCUGGCAGCUAUAAGCGCUUACACGUAUGGUAUUAAAAUUAGUGAUAAAAUGGCAUCCCUCUAUGUAAAUAGGUCAGCAGCACAUUAUGCAUUGGGAAAUUACUACAGAUGUGUAGAAGACUGUUCUAAAGCACUAGAACUAAUGGAACCGAAAUGCGAAAGCAAUCGAGAGUCAAGGGCUAGGUGUCAUGCUCGACGAGGCGCAGCUCUUUGUAAAUUAUCCGCGCCUCAGCAUGGUAUUCCUGAGCUAGAAGUUGCUCUAGAAUUAACACCGAACAAUGAAAGUAUAAAACAUGACGUGUUAGCUGCAAAACAAUACUUCAACAUAAAAGAUUAACAAGUGCACAAAUUUGUUUCGGAUCCGAACAACAUCCGGCUCCUUCACAACGUGUCAGGACGGUAGAGGCGGGAUAAAAAAUUUCAUCCGGACUAGGACCAAUAGUUAGAAGUUCUGCUACUGGUACAGCUCUUGGUUGUGGCAUGGAACACUGAAAUUCAUGCACUAGCUGUACAUGAUUCAGAAAUCCGCUAUCUCUGAAAAUCGAGUACAUUAUUCUAAUCGAUCUGUCAAAGUCACGUGACUGAUAUACACUUUGAAUUUGUACAUGUAUAGAAAUGAUUAAAUAUCAAAAGAUUUAUAUAAUUAAAUUGGAGGAACUAUUUGGUGGAACCACAUGGUAUGAAAUACGUUGACCCUCUCUGCGCAAUGUUAUGCGUUGUAUGAUGCGGCAGGUUGCAGUGAGUCAUUGAAGCUGUCUGCGAGGUGUCUGAUUGCAAAACUUAUUCAUAACAUCCUUUUCAUUUUUGCGUGCUCUGUAAAU